AUCAGCAAAGUGGCUCGACGCUUCACUGUCACCUGUACGUGAAGUGGACACCUGUUGCCGGGCGGCUUUUAUAAAAAAAAAAAAAAAACGCUCAUAUUUCAGGCAGUUUUUAGCAACGCCACUAAAGAUCCAGGCCUGCUUUCAGUUACCACCCAGUGUCCUCUCCGCAGGUCCACACGGAGCCAGCUGAGGCACCAGGAACACACGAAGGAUGGGUUUUUAAAAGGAAGUCUCACAGCGGCCGCCAGGAACCGAGCUACAGAUUGAACAUGCUGCAGGUUGUAUGAGUGACAGAUAUGGGGCCAGCAGGAUCAUAUUUGCAGACUUUCACUGUGGUCACGCUUUUUUGCCUAUUUUUGACUAUUGAAGGUGCUAGGCCAGAGGUGCUUGGAAAGGUCGGAGGUGUGGUGGAAUUGGAGUGUCGUUUUCCUCCAUCGGAGCCAGCUGUCGUGUCUUCAGCCUCUCUGCAUGUGGUGGAAUGGGUUCGACAGGGACUCGACAUCCCCGUCCUGAUCAAAUUUGGAUCGUACUCGCCUCGACUCCAUCCACAAUAUGAGGGUCGGGUGUCUCUGGUACGAAUCACUGACCUGAGGCUGGACGACCUGCAGCUGGAUGACCAGGGCUUGUACGAGUGUCGAAUCCUCUUACUGGAUGAACCCACGGAUGAGCUGCAAAAUGGCACGUGGACUCAGCUUUCUGUAACUGCUCCACCCACCUUCACACAAGCCCCGCCUCCUGUGAUGGAGGCUCUGGUUGGAAAUCACCUCUCGCUUUCCUGUGUUGUUAAUGGCAACCCUACUCCAACCAUCACCUGGCUAAAAGAUGGCAGUGAAAUUCAAAGAAUAAAUUAUCCGGAAGGGGCCUUGUUUCUGCGAGCAGUGAGCAUGCAGUCAGCAGGACAGUACACCUGCCACGCUUCCAAUUCUGAGGGAAACGUGACUCGCGUAACCAAAGUGAAGAUCAAAGGUCCCCCUGUUAUUGUUGUCCCUCCCGAAAGCACGUCUCUCAACAAGUCCCAGAAUGCACUACUCCGGUGCCAGGCGGUGGCUGACCCCCCCAACAUGACUUACGUUUGGCAGAAAGGUGGAGAGAACGUCCAUCACAUAGAGUCUCUGAAGUCGCGAGUGAAGAUCAUGGUAGAUGGAACUCUACUCAUCUCCAGUCUCAUCCCUGAGGAUUCUGGGAACUACACCUGCAUGCCGAGCAACGGCCUGCUGACCCCGCCCACCGCCUCUGCCAACCUCACAGUGAUGCACCCAGCCCAGGCUCUUCCAAUGCCCCAGAAAACGUACCUUCCCACAGGUAUGGAGGGUGUGGUCGCCUGCCCAGCCGCAGCUCAGCCUCCACUGCUCCGUGUGGAUUGGACAAAAGAUGGAGAACCACUUGACCUGUCCAUGUAUCCAGGAUGGACGUUGACGCCAGAGGGCUCUUUGUUGAUGACCACAGUCAAUGACGACACGGCAGGGAUUUAUACGUGUACGCCAUACAACCGCUACGGCAGCAUGGGUUCAUCGGAGCCAACGGACGUAAUUCUACAGGACCCCCCAUCACUCAGCAUCGCUCCGGAGACGCAGUACAAACAGGAAGCUGGGAGGACCUUGCUCAUCCCUUGUCAAGGAAACAAGGACCCCACAGUUAAAGUGACCUGGAGCAAGGUUGACUUGGCUCGUCGCACGUCUUACUCCAUAGAAGUCAACGGUUCUCUGCUCCUGCAGCCUCUCACUAAGGACCACCAGGGGGCGUGGGAGUGCAGUGCUACUAACCGCGUGGCCUCGGUGAAAGCCAGCACACAAGUCUUUGUCCUGGGAACCAGUCCCCAUGCGGCAACCUCUCUGUCCGUCUCUCCAGGGGUGAAGCAGGCCAACAUUUCCUGGGAGCCAGGCUUUGAUGGAGGAUCAGCACAGACAUUUUCAGUUUGGGUGAAGAAGAUUUCAGCGAGUGAUAAUGAUGGGAAGCACGACUGGUUCUCUGUGCCCGUGCCCCUGUCCUCGGGCAGCGGGCUGCAGGUGACAGGCCUGUCUCCUGCCACCGACUACCAGUUCAGCAUCCUGUCUCAAAAUAAAAUGGGCACAGGACCCUUCAGUGAGAUCGCCACCUCGAGGACCUUGGAUCCUCCGCCGAGGAGAAGUAAGCUGAAGCCCCCUGCGUCGCUGUCAGCUAAUCAGGGCUCAGCAGGUGUCGUUCUGGAAUGGUCCCUUCCUGAAGCUCAGCAGCCUGCCAUCACAGGCUUUGUUCUCCAAUCCCGCACCGAGCAAGGAGAGUGGUUUGAUCUGGACGAGGACAUCAGUGCCAACAGUAGCCAGAUAGUUGUUCCCGGUCUGCACAAGGACUGUGUGUACGACUGCGGCUGCUAUCUCGUCGCGGGGAGUUUGCUGAGCGAGCCCAGUCCAUCAGUCAAUGUCUCCACCAUGGCCUGA